AUGACGAAACGUGUCGCGACCGCGCAUGAGGCCUCUCCGGCCACGACACCACGAGCGCAGCCUGAGCUCGCUGGUGGCUUCGUUGCCACUGGCGAGGAGGGAUCGCGCCGCCGCCGUCAGGAGCUUGCCGACCUGAGAUGCCUAGGGUUACCGACUGCCAGCUUUGCCAAUCGCUAUAGCCAAGUCGCAGACACGGAGGCUUCAGCGGCCAAGGAGCGCCCCCGCCGCACCAUCAUCACGUCCAGCCUCCUCAUCCCCGGCGACGGAGAGCCGCUCCCCGAUGGCGCCCUUGUCGUCGAGGGCAAGACCAUCAUCUGGGUCGGCGACAAAGCCGACAUACCACAGGAAUACACGCAGAGCCCGCACAAGUCGUAUCACGUCCCGUACAUGAUGCCCGGGCUGUGGGACGUACACGUGCACUUCCUGGACCUCCCCUCGGACCCGGACCAGCUCCCCGCCGUCAUGGCUCUCGAGUCCCUCAGCGAACACCCAGCCGGCACGGGGGCGCGCCUCGCCAAGCAGUGCUGGGAGGCCAUCCAGCUCGGAUACACCUCCCUGCGCGACUGCGGCGGUUUCGGGUGUGAGCUCGCCAAGGUGAUCAACGACGGGGGCAUCGUCGGCCCCAACGUCUACAGCGCGGGCAGCUACCUAAGUCAGACGGCGGGGCAUGGCGACAUCUUCACGCUGCCCCCCGGCGAUGCGCUGCUCAACCUCGGCAUACAUAACGUUACGGCUGGGUAUUGGGGCUCUGGGUUCUGCAUGAUGGUGGACGGCGUGGACGAGUGCCGGCGCGCGGUGCGGCUGCAGAUCCGGAGGGGCGCGCGGUGCAUCAAGGUGUUUGCAUCGGGCGGCGUGGUGUCCCGCGAUGAUAAUCCCCUUGAUCAGCAGUUUUCCGACGAGGAGCUGCGUGUUAUCGUCGAGGAGGCGAACCGCAUGGGGCGCGGCGUGGCGGCGCAUGUGCACGGCAAGGCGGGCAUCCUAGCCGCGGCCUCUGCCGGCGUCACGACGGUCGAGCACGCCACCUUUGCGGACCAGGAAUGCAUCGAUAUUCUAAAGGAGAAGGAUAUCAUCUACGUAGCCACGCGUGCUGUCGUCGCGCGGCUCAUAGAGACCGGCGGGGAGGGCAUCCCGAAGAGCACGUGGGAAAAGGUACAGCUCAUCAACAAGAACCACCUCGCGGCGUACAAGCUCGCGGUGCAGAACGGCGGGAUAACCUUUGCGCUGGGCACGGAUGGCCGGCCGGGCGAUGGGGGCAAGGCCAAGGAGCUGCAGUACGCGGUGGAGGCGGGGAUGAGCAACCUGGAGGCCAUCAGGGCGGCGACGGCCAACGGCCCGCGGACGCUCGGGGGAGGGCGGGGGGGACAGGCGGGACAGGUGCCCAGGUCGGGGCGGCUGGAGGUCGGCUAUGAUGCGGACAUAUUGGGCCUGCUGGAGAAUCCGGCAGAGAACGUGAGGGUGUUGCAGAGGGGGGAGGUGGUGCGGUGGGUGUGGAAGGGGGGGAGGCUGUAUAAGGGGCCGGGGGUUGGGCCGUGGGGGGAGGAAGCCUGA